AUGUUAUUUGCAGCAGAAGGAGGAGGAUUCUUCUCUUCAUCAGCUUCUGGGUAUAGCAACGGUUUAGCACUUCUUCUAUUAGGGCACAAGAAUGAAGAUAAAAAACCCAUGAGAGUAUCAUCAUCAUGGAACCAUUAUCAUUUAGUAGUUGAAGAAUCCGAUACAAGAUUUCAGUUAGAUUCGUCUAAGAACUGUCUCUCAUGUAGCUGCACUUCCCUUAUAUGCUUUGGUCGUAAAUCUGAGAGACCGGAAAAUCCAUCUCAGCCACAAGGUUUCCAUUCUAACUCUUCGGUUCAUCGCGAUCGUGCACCGAGCGUGGACUAUAAUACCUGUGAAGUCGCUAAUAGGUUUGCCCUUAAGAGCAGCCUGAAGAAAAGAUCGUUUAGCGAUGUUGUUCUUGCUGAUGAUGAUGUGAGUAGAAAUGGCGUGGUGGAUCACUCAGACAGAAGGAAAGUGCAGUGGCCUGAUACAUGUGGUAUUGAGAUUGCUGAGGUCAGAGAAUUUGAACCUAGUGAAGUGGGUGAAUCGGACGACGAGUUCCAUCAUGGAAGUGGAAGAAGCUCGAGGAAGCCAUGUGUUUUUAUCAUCAGAUGUUCUCAGACCGAAGGUCCCUUGAGAAGACCCGCCGCUCCUCCUACUCUCCGGGAGCCCUCUCCUCCGCAAAAACCUGUUCCUCCUUCGUCUCCUUCUUCCUCUCCUCCGCCUCCGCCGCCGCUACCGGUGGCUGGUGAUGGUAAGAGUGUAAUUACGGUGGAGUUUCAGAGGCAGAAGGCCAAAGAGCUUCAAGAUUAUUUCAAGCAGAAGAAACUUGAAGCUGCUGGUCAAGGUCCCUUUUUUGGUUUCCAACCCAAGAACGAGAUCUCCAAUGGAAGGUGGGCUAUGUUUGGUUUUGCGGUUGGGAUGCUUACAGAGUAUGCAACAGGCUCAGAUCUUGUCGACCAAGUUAAGAUUCUUCUCUCCAAUUUCGGCAUUAUAGACUUGGAAUAA